AUGCCUCUUACCGUCCUCUCCCGAUCGCAGCUCCGCACUCUGCUGCACUCCCUCUCUCGUGACGAGGUUGUCGAUCUACAGCGCAACCUUGCCGAAGCUCUACGUGAAUACUCCAGUGGUUCCCAGGAUAAGGGCUGUUCGGCGGCUUUCCAGCCCCAGAGAACCGCUAUCACCCGUCGCAAUGGUUGUACAACACUCUUCAUGCCCGCUACUACGGGCGAGACGAUUGGCAUCAAGAUGAUUUCCCUGCAGGACGGGGGCACUGCCGGUUGUGCUGUUGAACGUGACGCCAUCGAGGUCCAAGAACAAGAGCAGGUCUCGGCCCGCAAGCGGGGCUCAUUCCGUGACUCAGUGGCUUCAAUCUCCUCUGAUAUGAGUGAUUUGUCUGUUGGCUCUUCUCAUGAGGAUAAGGAAGAGGACGACGACAAAUCAGUCAGCCCUUCCGUCACAACGGGAAGCAGCACAGAUAGCUCAACCCUGCUUACUGGAUGUGUCAACCAGCAAAAUGUGACCGGCAGCAUUUCCAAAACACUUGGCGCUUGGCCGGGCACAGGCACUCGUGACACAUCGCCUCGCGGCAGUGUGACGCUACUGGACGGCGAAAGUCUGCCGUUUGCUUUGAUCAACGCGCAUGAGUUGACAGCCUUCCGCACGGCCCUGGCCUCGCUGAUGAUGUUCAACAAGCGCAAGAAGGUGCGCACCCUUCUGGUGUUCGGCGCAGGUACGCAGGCCUAUUGGCACAUCCGCUUGGCGCUUGUUCUUCGUGGCGAGGACAUUCGCCGAGUAUACAUUGUGAACCGUUCCUUUGACCGUGCCGCCAAGCUCUUGCGUGACAUCUACGCGCCCGAGAACACCGAAUGGCGCCGAGACAUCAAAUUCUCAGCGAUGAGCAGCGAGUUCGGCGAGUACAGUCGCAUCUUGAAGGAGCAUGUGCGCAAGGCCGACGCGAUCUUCUGUUGCACUCCCUCGCCUGAGCCGCUCUUCCCUGCGGAAUUCAUUACCUCGCGCGAGGGCCGCCAAAAGGGCCGCUUAAUCUGUGCGAUUGGGUCAUACAAGGCCCACAUGGCCGAGAUUCACCCCGAUAUCCUCCGGGACGAGGUCAACGUGCAGCCGCCGCAUCGCCACUUCCACAAGCACAUCCACCGCAGUGGUGUGGUUGUAGUUGACAGUCUCGACGCAGCCGUCAAGGAAGCAGGCGAGAUUAUCCAAGCCGGAAUCAAGCCGAAACAGGUUGUUGAACUAGGUGAACUGCUGAUGGUUCGUGAUGCUCAUCGACAAGCCGAGACAGUAGAUGAGGAGAAGAGCUUGCGCGAAUGGUCGCAACGCGGCAAUGUGAUCUACAAAUCGGUUGGCCUUGGAUUGAUGGAUCUGGUCACCGGCGGAGAUUUGGUGCGCUUGGCGCGGGAGCGGAAGCUGGGAACCACAGUGGAGGACUUUUAG